AUGGCGGUCUCCCUACCAUCGCAGGCCAAGCCAAGCCAAGUCUCAUCAGCCCUCCAAUUGCCUCAGAGGUUGGGGCCAAGCCUGGAGAAAAAAAACGAGUCUCUAGGAGAGGAACGGUCAUGCCUACUGAGGGCCACAGCUGCAGCUCAGACCCUAGCCAGUAUCGUCCGGCCUUGUUAUGGUCCCUAUGGCCGGCAGAAGUUCCUGGUGACUGCUAAGGGAGAAACAGUUUGUACAGGUCAUGCCGCUGUCAUCCUUCGAGCGCUGGAACUGGAGCACCCAGCUGCCCAGUUUGUCCGAGAAGUAGCCCAAAUACAGGCAGAGAACACUGGGGAUGGCACAACCUUUGUAGUUCUCCUGACCGAAGCCUUACUAGAGCAGGCCCAGUACCUUUUGUGGGCCGGCUUAGCUCGAAACCAGCUCCGGGAGAGCUUGGCCACGGCCACAGCAGAAAUCCUGACAGCUCUGCCUUCCCUGGUCAUUCGCUCUCUAGGGCCUUUGGAAGACCCAUCAUGGGCCCUCUAUUCUGUGAUAAACACCCACACCCUGUCCAACACAGAGUAUUUAACCAAGCUUGUGGCUCAUGUGUGUUGGGUUACCAGAGAGCCAAAUGGCACCUUCAAGCCUGAGCGUAUUGGCGUGUGCAUGCUAGAGGGGGGGACGCUGAUGGACUCCCACAUUCUCCCAGGGCUAGCAAUAUGUGGGAAACCCUGUGGAGAAACGACCGAGGUGCUAGCUGAUGCCAGGGUGGCCCUGUUCAUUUGCCCCUUUGGUCCUACAAAUCCAUAUUCACUGGCCACGCCCCGUCUCUCCAACCCUGAAGAACUACUAAGAUUUCGGAAAGAAAUCGAACAAGUGGAAAAGGAAAUAGCCCAGCUGGCCGUUAUGGACAUUAAUGUGGCAGUGGUAUGGGGGGAAGUUAAUGAGAAGAUGGUGGUCCAGGCUAACAAUUGUGGCAUCAUGGUGAUUCAGGCCAAGUCACGAAAGGAUAUGGUCUACCUGAGUGAGACGUUGGGCACUCCUCUGCUGACUCGGCUGCUUCCUCCCCUGGAGCCCGGGAAGUGCCAGAAGGUUUACGGGAAGGAGCUGCAAGGCAGUGUGGCGGUGGUGUUUGAGUGGGAACAUGAGAAUACACCUUCUCUCACUUUAGUCCUUAGGGGGCCCACCAUCCAGGGACUUCGGGGUGCAGAGCAGGCUGUCUACUAUGGCAUUGAUGCAUUUUCGCAGUUGUGUCAAGAUCCCAGAGUGCUACCAGGAGCUGGGGCCACAGAAAUGGCUCUGGCAAAAAUGUUGUCGGACAAAGGAAGCCGACUGGCAGGCCCCAAUGGUCUGGCCUUUCUAGCAUUUGCCCAUGCCCUGAGCUCUCUACCUAAAACCUUGGCAGAGAAUGCAGGCUUAGCUGCCCAAUGUGUGAUGGCAGAAAUGAGUGGAAUUCACCAAGCUGGGAACUUCCUCACGGGAGUGGGAACAGACGGGAUAAUAAAUGUGGCCCAGGAAGGGAUAUGGGACAUACUGAAGACCAAAGCCCAAGGACUGCAAGCGGUCUCUGAGCUGGUGCAGCAGCUGGUGACGGUAGAUGAGAUCAUAGCGGCCAAGAAGACUCCUGUCCACCAGCAGAUUACAAGACCCACCUGGCAGGCAAAGCAGUCCUCACCCCUGAGAGAAAAAUUUUUUGCAAAAUACGUAUAG